UAGAAGCACAAGGCGGACAGAGGCAGCUCCUAAAAGCAUCUCCUACUCACGGGGCCUUUCGGGCCUUCAGAUACCCACAUGAAUCGUGAAAAUAAAUUUUAAGAAAGCAAGCCCCUCCCUCAAGCCGGAAGCGCCCGUGGUCCCCCUAGUCACGUGGUGUACACGCGCCAAAGGCCCAAGAUGAAGAAAUAAAAGCGCGGGCUUCCUCAUCCCGCUCUUUAAACUAGGUCUUGGUUUAGCGGGGACGUUUCCUUACGGAAGAUCACCUUCCAUCCCUUUCGCAUCUGCUUUCCGCGCCGUUAGUGAGGUCGCCGCAUUCUCUGCAGUGGCGACCGUCAUCGUAGUGCUCUUUAAUCAACUUCCGCCCGUGUCCAAGAUGGCAGUUGGGCAGCCGCGCUGACCUUUACGGGGCUGGGCCGCAUUUGACGUCUGUGCUCGUAGGGGGUGGAACGGCUAGUACGCGGCAAAUGCUGGAGCUGCAGUCUGAGAGUCAACCAUGGACUGGAAAGAAGUUCUUCGCCGGCGGUUAGCGACGCCCAACACCGGUCCAAACAAAAAAAAAAGUGAACAAGAAUUAAAAGAUGAAGAAAUGGAUUUAUUUACCAAAUAUUACUCAGAAUGGAAAGGAGGUGGAAAAAACACAAAUGAAUUCUAUAAAACGAUUCCUCGAUUUUAUUAUAGGCUGCCAGCUGAAGAUGAAGUCUUACUACAGAAAUUAAGAGAGGAAUCAAGAGCUGUCUUUCUGCAAAGGAAAAGCAGAGAACUAUUAGAUAAUGAAGAGCUACAGAACUUAUGGUUUUUGCUGGACAAGCAUCAGACACCACCUAUGAUUGGAGAGGAAGCUAUGAUUAAUUAUGAAAAUUUUUUGAAGGUUGGUGAAAAAGCUGGACCAAAGUGCAAGCAAUUUUUCACAGCAAAAGUUUUUGCCAAACUCCUUCAUACAGAUUCUUAUGGAAGAAUUUCCAUCAUGCAGUUCUUUAAUUAUGUCAUGAGAAAAGUUUGGCUUCACCAAACAAGAAUAGGACUCAGUUUAUAUGAUGUUGCUGGACAAGGGUACCUUCGGGAAUCUGAUUUAGAAAACUACAUAUUGGAACUUAUCCCUACUUUGCCACAAUUAGAUGGGCUGGAAAAAUCUUUUUACUCCUUCUAUGUUUGUACAGCCGUUAGGAAGUUUUUCUUCUUUUUAGACCCUCUAAGAACAGGGAAGAUAAAAAUUCAAGAUAUCUUAGCAUGCAGCUUCCUAGAUGAUUUAUUAGAGUUAAGGGAUGAAGAACUAUCAAAGGAGAGUCAAGAAACAAAUUGGUUUUCUGCUCCUUCUGCCCUAAGGGUUUAUGGCCAGUAUUUGAAUCUUGAUAAGGAUCACAAUGGCAUGCUCAGUAAAGAAGAACUCUCCCGCUAUGGAACAGCAACCAUGACCAAUGUCUUCCUAGACCGAGUUUUCCAGGAGUGUCUCACUUAUGAUGGAGAAAUGGAUUAUAAGACUUACCUGGACUUUGUUCUUGCAUUAGAAAACCGAAAAGAACCUGCAGCUCUGCAGUAUAUUUUCAAAUUGCUUGAUAUUGAGAACAAAGGAUAUCUGAAUGUCUUUUCCCUUAAUUAUUUUUUUAGGGCCAUACAGGAACUAAUGAAAAUCCAUGGACAAGAUCCUGUUUCAUUUCAAGAUGUCAAGGAUGAAAUAUUUGACAUGGUGAAACCUAAGGAUCCUUUAAAAAUCUCUCUUCAGGAUUUAAUUAAUAGUAAUCAAGGAGAUACAGUCACCACCAUUCUAAUUGAUCUCAAUGGCUUCUGGACUUAUGAGAAUAGAGAAGCCCUUGUUGCAAAUGACACUGAAAACUCAGUAGACCUUGAUGAUACUUGAUCUCUAGAAGACUAGACUAUUAAGAUCAGCUUGAAUGUUGCAUUCAAAACCUUUGCAGCAGAAUCCUUAGAAAUCGUCUAAAUAAAAUACUUCUUACCUCUAUAGAACACAGCAAAUUUCUGGUUGUUGGAAUGUUCUGGUGAUUUUUUAAUCAUCUGGAAAUAACAAGACUAUGUAUGUUUUAGGAAGUACUAAAUUCUGGUUUCAGGGCCUCCCCUGGUGGCACAGGUGGUUGAGCACCGCACUGUGAAGCUGUCCGCAGCCUCUGCAGCGCGGGUUCAAUCCUGGCCGGCAAGAAUCCCACAUGCAGAGGCAGACCUCUCCUGUCAUGCUCGCUGCUCCCCUCAGCAGUGUAUUUCAUCAGCCUGCCUGUUCUGUUCCCCGCUUUGUCUCUGGGAAUCCUCUCACCCUCCCGUGCAUCUGUCCUGUACCCCGGUUCUUGUGUAAAUAAAUAAAUAAAUCUUUUUUUUUUUUUAAAUAAAAUAAAAAAAUAAAUUCUGGCUUUACUUCCACUUAGCUCAAAUAUGGCAAGUGUGAUUGCUGAAGAAUCAAGAAGAAAUAUACUUUAAAACAGUGUCUUUAUGGGGCCUCCCCUGGUGGCGCAGUGGUUGAGCGCUGGGUUGCGAGGCUGCCUGCAGCCUCUGCAGUGCCAGCUCGAUCCCCGGCCACUGGCGAGGUUCCCACAAAAAAAAAAAAACAGAAACAGUGUCUACACACACAUAAGAAGUUUUCAUGGAGUAUUUCUAAUAUUAGUCAUUAAGAAUGUAUUUGAAGGAUAGUGUAACUUAAUACUGUGUUUGUGAUCAUAAUUUUCUAAAGUAUUAUGUAUAUCAAAGAUUAUCGACUUACCCAUUCAUUAGAGUAUAGCCAUUUCAUUUCUGGUUUAAAAAUGUUUGGACAUAUUUAAUAGAAAGUUA